AUGUCGACGAUGGACACCUGGGUAGAGGAUCAUCACCAGUCCCGCUUUUUAGUGCAAAACCUCCCUUAUGUUCUGGCCGAGAAAGGGACUUUUGCUGCCCUUGACAUCGAUAAAACUACGCUUGAGGAGCAGACAUUGAACAGAUACGCCGCUCUGGGCCAGGGAGUGCACCGCAAAGUGCGGGCUUCCUUGCAGAGCAUCCUCCGGGCAGAUACCUCGCUUGGGCAUUUUUUGCGCGAUGAUGCCGCCCUGAAGGAAGAAGCCCUUGUCCCAAGGCAGAAAGCCGAGAUGCAUCUCCCCUUUGACAUUGGUGACUAUACAGACUUUUUACCUGCCCUUACCAUGCUCAAAAUGUCGUGCACCGACAUUUUCAGGCCUGGAACUCAGCCACCUGAGAGUAUGUAUAAUAUGCCUCUUGGCUAUCAUGGGCGCAGUUCCUCGGUCGUGGUAUCAGGCACUCCUGUUCGUCGACCGCGUGGCCAAUUUCUCGUGAAAGAGGCGACAGCAUUCCGGGCCAGCCAAAAAUUGGACUUCGAAGUUGAGUUUGCUGCUUUCAUUGGGAAAGGGAUCGAACAUGGUAUUGCCAUUCCGGUAGUCGAGGCGGAAGAGCAUAUCUUUUGGCGUUGUGCUUAUGAACGAUUGGUCGGCAAGAGAUAUUCAAAGCACCGAAGCGACGCCACUGGGACCGUUCAACGGCAAGAACUUCUGUACCACCAUAUCUCCAUGGGUCGUCCUAUUAGACGCACCGGAACUACUUCGGACGAAACCCGUGCCAUCGGUAAGCACUCCUCUCCUGUGGAUGGUGCGACGCUCAUGUUUGACAAGCAUACCUCGCUGUUACCCUAUCUGCAGGAAGCUCGCAAGGACACUGUUUAUGACAUCCCUAUCGAUGUCUUUCUUGAAUGGGAUUCCCAAGAGUAUCAUCUCGUUCAAGGUAACACAAAAAAUAUCCUUUUUCGUUCGCCCAAAUGA